AUGGCUAGGGGCGUGUGGCCGUUCUUGGCCUUCGCUGCCGUCAUGGCGGCGAUGGUGGUCAUGCCGGUGCGGGGGCGGUUCGUGGUGGAGAAGAGCAGCGUGAGGGUGCUGGCGCCGGAGCACAUCAGGGGCCACCACGACGCCGCCAUCGGCAACUUCGGGGUGCCCGACUACGGCGGCACGCUCACCGGCGUCGUGCUCUACCCGGACGCCAAGGCCACUGGCUGCGCCGAGUUCCACACCAAGUUCAAGUCCAAGUCCGGACGCCCCGUCAUCCUGCUGCUUGACCGCGGAGAAUGCUACUUUGCGCUCAAGUCGUGGAACGCCCAGCAGGCAGGCGCGGCGGCGGUGCUGAUCGCGGACAGCAUCGACGAGCAGCUGCUGACGAUGGACACACCCGAGGCGUCGCCGGACACGGAGUACAUCGACAAGAUCAACAUCCCGUCGGCGCUGGUGAACCGCGCCUUCGGGGAGUCCCUGAAGAAGAUGGCGGAGAAGGCGGAGGCCGAGGGCGAGGUGGUGGUGAAGCUGGACUGGCGGGAGUCGAUGCCGCACCCCGACGAGCGCGUGGAGUACGAGCUGUGGACGAACAGCAACGACGAGUGCGGGCCACGGUGCGACGAGCAGGCGGCCUUCGUGAAGAGCUUCCGCGGCCACGCCCAGAUCCUGGAGCGCGGUGGGUACGCCCGCUUCACCCCGCACUACAUCACCUGGUACUGCCCGGAGGCGUUCAAGCUGACGCGGCAGUGCCAGUCGCAGUGCAUCAACCACGGCAGGUACUGCGCGCCGGACCCGGAGCAGGACUUCGGGGCGGGCUACGAGGGCAAGGACGUGGUGGUGGAGAACCUGCGGCAGCUCUGCGUGCACCGCGUCGCCAACGUGACCGGCCGGCCAUGGGCGUGGUGGGACUACGCCAUGGACUACAAGCUCCGGUGCUCCAUGAAGGAGAAGAAGUACAGCAAGACGUGCGCCGAGGACGUGGUCACCUCGCUCGGGCUGCCGCUGGACAAGGUGCUGGAGUGCAUGGGCGACCCCGAGGCUGACGCCGAGAACGCCGUCCUGACCAAGGAGCAGGAGGACCAGAUUGGCCGUGGAUCGCGAGGAGAUGUGACCAUCCUGCCCACGCUGGUCAUCAACGAUGUUCAGUACAGAGGGAAGCUGGAGAGGACGGCGGUGCUGAAGGCCGUGUGCGCCGGGUUCAAGGAGGGGACUGAACCGCACGUCUGCCUCAGCGACGACAUCGAGACGAACGAGUGCCUGCACAGGAACGGCGGAUGCUGGCGAGACCAGGCGACCAACGUCACCGCCUGCAGGGACACGUACAGGGGCAGGGUGUGCGAGUGCCCGGUGGUAAACGGCGUCCAGUACGAGGGCGACGGCUACACCCACUGCAAAGCUGUCGGGCCGGGCAGGUGUGCGCUGAACCAUGGCGGAUGUUGGUCGGAGACCAGAGGAGAACACACCUUCUCCGCCUGCUCGGACAACGCGCUGACCGGAUGCCGGUGCCCGUCGGGGUUCCAAGGGGACGGCCACACAUGCGAAGAUCUGGACGAGUGCAAGGAGAAGCUGGCGUGCACCUGCCCGGACUGCCGCUGCAAGAACACCUGGGGCAGCUACGAAUGCGGCUGCAGCAAAGGCAACCAGAUCUACAUACGAGGGGAGGAUGUCUGCAUCGCUAGCAGCAUGUCGAGGUUUGGCUGGCUCAUCGGCAUCCUGGUCGUGUCAUGCGCCGCCGGCCUAGGGGUCGCCGGCUACGUCUUCUACAAGUACAGGCUCAGGUCGUACAUGGACUCGGAGAUCAUGGCCAUCAUGUCCCAGUACAUGCCGCUCGACAGCCAGAACAACGAGCACCAGCCCCUCCGGCAACAUGCUUCAGACGCCUAAGGCUAUAUCAUCAUGAAGCUUUUGAACAAAUCUCUUGUUCUGCAUCUUAUGAACAGGCAGUAGAUGGAGAUGGAUUUGGGAGGGGAAACAUGCAGAGUAACACCUUCUGGCUUCAACCAUACUCAGCAGAUACUUGCUGUGCAUUUCGAUGAUCUCUUAGUUCCCUUUUUGUAUAGAAAAGAAAAUGAUGGUUUGUACAAAACCCACAGGGGUGAGCUGUAGAUGAUUAGCUAGAUAGGCAUUUCUGCUCCCCUGGUGGAUCAAGAACAUUACAAGACAGAUUACUUUGGCAAAGAUAAAAAAUAUACUGCCAUGUACAAACCAAUACCAGGCUUCUGUUUUUGCCAGCUGAGGUUUGUUUUCUUCAACCUUU